GAUCUCAUGCUCGCGUGUCCUCUCCGGACUCAUAUCGGUGUGUUAUGAUUUUAAAGAGUCUCUGGGGUGGAAAUAAACCUCUCUGGAUGAGUUUGAGGAAGAGGAGAUCUACUGAAUGAAGAGGCGGAGCCGUGAAACCUCAAACACACACACACCGGAGACAAACGACCGACAUUUAUUAACUUAAUAAAGAUGUGACGCUUCGUUCAAAACAGCAUACACACAUCAAGGUGCUAGAUGGUGGUUGUGAAGGCUCUACGUAAUGCUGAACGGACUCGUCCUGGGUCAGAAUGAGUGUCAAAGAUGGCGAUGGGACAAAAAGCCAAUAUGGAAAGGCCUACGAACUUCAAAUAUACCCACGGCUCUCUCUGGAGACGGCAUCAUGUUGCACACUCUUAGUCAGCAAGGAGGCUACCUCCGCAAAUGUCAUCCAGGAUGCAUCAGCAACCCUCGGACUGGACACCAGCAAGUGCUACGUCCUGGCUGAGGUGAAGGAGUGUGGCGGGGAGGAGUGGGUCCUGGAAUCUACCGAACUUCCUGUGCAACGGGUCCUACUUUGGCCACGGAAAGCUCAAGAACAGCAUUCUCGGAAUGAAGGAUUUUACUUUCUCUUGCAGGAAUGCAAUCGUGAUGGUUCCAUCCAUUACGUGCACCUGCCUGCCGUGGCGAAUGAACAGGAUUCCAAGCAACUGGUUGCCCGCGGUUUCCUCCCUCCGCGGCAGGAGGAUUUUGAAGACCUCUGCAAUCUUCCGGUCCUUGACGAGGACAGCAUCUUGGCGAACCUUCGCAAUCGCUUUCAAAAGAAGAAGAUCUACACUUAUGCUGGAAGUAUUCUUGUUGCAAUCAACCCGUUUAAGUUCUUGCCCAUUUAUAACCCGAAAUAUGUAAAAAUGUAUGAGAACCACCAGUUGGGCAAGAUUGAGCCCCACAUUUUUGCCAUUGCGGAUGUAACUUACUAUGCCAUGCUGCGUAAACACGUCAACCAGUGUAUCGUUAUUUCUGGAGAAAGUGGAUCGGGCAAAACGCAAAGCACUAACUUUCUUAUUCACUGUUUGACGGCUCUGAGCCAAAAGGGCUACGCCAGCGGCGUGGAAAGAACCAUCUUAGGUGCUGGACCAGUUCUGGAGGCAUUUGGCAACGCAAAGACCGCCCACAACAACAACUCGAGCCGUUUCGGAAAGUUCAUUCAGGUGAAUUAUCUGGACAGUGGAGUUGUGCGAGGGGCCGUGGUGGAGAAAUAUCUGCUGGAGAAGUCUCGCUUGGUGUCCAGAGAGAAGAACGAGAGGAACUAUCAUGUGUUUUAUUACCUGCUGGUGGGCGCGUCAGAGGAGGAACGGAGAGAAUUCAAACUCCUACUGCCUGAACAAUACUUCUACCUCAAGCAGCAAAACUUUACAAUAGAAGAUGCAGACGACUUGCAGCAUGACUUUGAGCGACUGCAGCAGGCCAUGGAGAUGGUCGGCUUCCUACCGGCCACCAAGAAACAGAUAUUCUCUGUCUUGUCGGCCAUCUUGUAUCUGGGUAACGUAACGUACAGUCAGAAGUCGACAGGCAGAGAAGAAGGUCUGGACGUGGGACCUCCGGAGGUUCUUUCCACCCUCUCAGACCUGCUAAAGGUUAAAGAGGAGAUGUUGGUGGAAGCUCUCACCAAGAGGAAAACGGUGACCGUCAAUGACAAACUCAUUCUGCCCUACAGUCACAGUGAGGCGAUCACGGCACGAGACUCCAUGGCGAAGUCGCUCUACAGUGCCCUGUUCGACUGGAUCGUCCUGCGAAUCAAUCACGCACUGCUUAACAAGAAAGACAUGGAGGAGUCAGUUUCCUGUUUGUCCAUUGGUGUGCUUGAUAUCUUCGGCUUCGAAGACUUCAAGACCAACAGCUUUGAGCAGUUCUGCAUCAACUAUGCCAACGAGCAGCUUCAGUAUUACUUUAACCAGCACAUCUUUAAACUUGAACAGGAGGAGUAUCAGGCAGAGGGCAUCACCUGGCACAACAUCGACUACACUGAUAAUGUUGGCUGUAUUCACCUGAUCAGCAAGAAACCCACUGGACUCCUCUAUUUACUCGACGAGGAAAGCAAUUUUCCUCACGCCACUGAUAAAACCUUGCUGGCAAAGUUCAAACAGCAGCAUCAGCAGAACUCUUACUUUGUGGUGACUCCAGUGAUGGAACCAGCCUUCGUUAUUCGCCACUUCGCUGGGAAGGUCAAGUACCAGAUUGCGGACUUCCGUGAGAAGAACACGGAUCACAUGCGGCCGGAUAUUGUGGCUUUAUUGCGCAGCAGUGACCGAGCUUACGUCCGGCAGUUGAUUGGGAUGGAUCCGGUGGCGAUGUUCCGUUGGGGAAUUCUACGCGCUAGCAUCCGUGCACUGGCAGCCUUUAACGAGGCUGGACGACAAUGGGCAGCCAAAACUGCAGGUGUGGCGCGACCAAACUCCAGAGUGCCACUCGGGGAGCUGCAGAAAGCGAAUGUGCCCAUUGAGAGGAUGUACCGCCAUGCUCCUAUGCUUGAUUUCUCCUUUGAUCACUCAGAGGAGCGCCCUCUAGAGGCUUUUGAGGACAUCUUUACUAGUUAUGAGAGUAAGAAGGACAUGCACGACCAAAUCAUCAACUCCAUUAAGGACUUGCAGUUGGAUGGGGAAGAUCCACGCAAGCUGCUGAAGUCAUGGGGUCGCCUGCGGUUCCCGCGCCACGCCCUCCAGAAAAACAAAUCCCAAAAGAGCAAGCAGCUCAUUCCCAAGAACUUGUUGGACUCUUGUUCGCUGAAGUUUGUAGUAGGCCUCCAUGACCGAACCACCAAGUCUCUGCUGCAUCUACACAAGAAGAAACGUCCUCCCAGCAUCAGUGCCCAGUUUCAAAGGUCUCUGAGUAAACUGCUGGAGACACUAGGAACAGCUGAACCGUUCUUCAUCCGAUGCCUCCGCUCCAAUGCUGAGAAGAAGGAAAUGUGUUUUGACGAGGCACUCAUUGUGCAGCAGUUGCGUUACACAGGCAUGUUGGAAACUGUGCGCAUCAGGCGGUCAGGCUAUGGAGCCAAAUACACCUUUCAGGAGUUUAUUGAGCAGUUCCGUGUGUUGCUGCCAAAGAACGCUACAUCCCUGGAGGACAUUUCAUCUCUGUUGCACAAGCUCGACUUUGACAACACUACCUACCAGAUUGGAAAAACCAAGGUGUAUCUGAAAGAGCUUGAAAGGCAAAAGCUUCAAGACAUCUUGCACAAAGAUGUCAUGCACAAAAUAAUUUUCCUGCAGCGCUGGUUUCGAGCUAAAAUGGAGCGGUGGGAUUUCAUUAGAAUGAGAGAGGCAGCCAUCUUGAUCCAGCGCUCAUGGCGCAGGUACUGCAGGGAAAAAUUCUACCAAGCAGCGGUUCAGAUCCAGGCAGCAUGGAGAGGCUCCAAACAGAGAGCUGAAUAUCGAAAUACACGAGCCUCUGUCACAAAGAUACAGUCACUUGCAAGAGGCCAAUCAGCUCGUAAACGGUACCACUUCCUCAAGGAAGAGAAGAGGAUGAGGGAGGAAGCUCAAAGGAGGAAAGAGGAGGAAGAGGCAGCAAGGCGUGCCAAGGAAACCGAAGAGGCAGCAAGGCGUGCCAAGGAAACCGAAGAGGCUGCAAGACGAGUGAAAGAAGCUGAAGAGGAAGCCAGGCGACUCAAAGAGGAAAUGGCUAGAAGACAAAGCGAAGAAGAGGAAAGAGCAGCCCAGCAUGCAUUAGAGGCUGAGCGGCAAGCUGCAGAGCAGCAAGAGAAGGCAGCACUACAACAGUCAACAGUAACGACACCAGACAAGAAGCCUGACAAUGAGAUUUUAUUGGUAGAAUGCCAAGAUAAGACUCCUGUGCAUGUUGAGGUUGAAGAUGUGGGCAGAGCCGAUGCCCAGGUCUCAAAAGGAAGUAAAGAUUCAGAAAAUGUUCCUCAAGUUGAGGCUGGCCCUCAUCCUGAGAUAAACGAAAACCAGAAACAUAAUGAGAACGAAUCUUCUCCACAACCCAAAGAGGAAGGUACACAAGUUAAACAAGCUGGACAGAACCAAACCAGACCACCUUCACUCUCCAAACUCCCAACAUCCAGUCAAGAAAAACGCGAGCUAAGGAGACAACGUGGGCUAGAGCAUUGCCAACGAGAGAGCCAACGGGUGGCUUCAGCGGCAAAAGAGGAUCCUUCCUACAAGAGCAAAACUCUCGAUAGUCCUGGAAAUGCAGAGGAUAAGUUGAAGGAGCGGGCCAACAGCAAAGAGGUGGAUCAGUACACUUUUGUCACUUGGAAGGGGGAGAAGAUGAAGAGGGACACCAAAGAUGUCCCACCAGCACCUGUUCGGCCCUCAACCUUACACUUGGAUCCCUCAAAGGAGGGAUCCCCUCCUUUGAGGGAAAAAAUCCCUCCUCCUGGACCUGGUAGAAACGGCUAUACUGACCCAGCCAUCACUGACCACAGCAAACCUUCUCAUGCCAAUGAAGAGGCCAAUAGAAGGAAGGAACCUGUUAGAAGCAACACUCAGCCUGAGAACCUCAUAGCAGGACCUCUCAGUCAAGAGGAUAAGAGCAUCAAAUCUCUCCAGAAUCGAGGAAUUUCGAUGUCACUAGAUGAUGUGUCCAGAAUUGAUGCAACAUCACAGGGCAAAGCUCAUCAAAGACGCAGACUGCGAAUUGCACUUAAAAGAUGCAGGCUCAUUAAAAGUGUUGAAAUGGAGGAUGCAGAUUACUGGACUUAUCCUUUACACCCCAUGAGUCCACAGCAGGUACAGUCCCGUACUGAGGUCGAUCCUGAUGGAGCAAAGGCCAGCACCAUGAAGGAGAGAAUCCACGACAGCCACGGACAGCAUGAUGUCUCGCCAGUCCAACCAUCGACCCCUGAGAGGACGACAGGGUUCUUCAGAAAGAUCCUUAAGAAGCGGCCACAUAAAGAAGCUCAAACCCCAGAAGAUGGAGACCUCAGCUUGGCUUCAGUUUUAGAUGAGAGAGAAGCCAUAUCUCAAUCACACUCGCAUCAUCCUAAACCUCAUGCUGUCCGGCCAGGUCGAACACCCGGCAUCAUGAUCAGUCACUCAGCAACUCGUGCCUCCGAACAGUGGAACGCCUCACUGAACCGUGUCAUUACCAAUGCCAAUGAGCUACGCCACCUUGACGAGUUCCUGGGCAAUCAGGUGAAUGACCUGCGCUCACGUGGAAAGCAGCUGUCAGGAACAGAGAACAUCUUUAUCACCGCGACCAUGCAGUUCAGAGAAAUCAUCAAGGGCAUGUAUUCAAUCUCUAAACCUCAGACCGGUUAUAAGGCUUUGAUGAACUGCUAUCAGAAAAAAGUGAUUGUUUUGGCUGGAGAGAAGCAGAAGGGUGAAGUCCCGCUGGUGGUCAAUCUGUUCCAGUCCGUACUGGAUGGUUUCAUCAGAGCAGAGAUCAAGAAAGAAGAGGCUGAACCAGCGAAGCCCCCCAAAGGCCGUAAGAAGAGACGGAAGAAGGAUAAGAUCUUGGAGAAUCCAUUGGACCACGUGUUUACUCACUACCAAGUGAACAUCAUGCAGUCAUGUGAUCAGUGCACGUCCUAUAUCUGGGGCAUGGAGAAGGCCUACAUGUGCAGCUAUUGCAAAAUGGUUUGUCAUAAGAAGUGCAUUUGUAAAAUCAUCAUGGGCUGCUCAACUUUCUGCUCCAAGAAGUGUGAAGAUGAGCCUGGAUCACAGCACUUUGGAGUGCGAGUGUGUCACCUGGUCAACAACAGGACCCCCGUGCCAAUAGUGCUGGAGAUAAUGCUGGAACACGUGGAGAUGAUUGGCCUUUACACGGAGGGUAUUUACAGGAAGUCUGGCUCAGCCAACCGCAUGAAGGAGCUACAUCAGGUGCUAGAAGCAGGCCCAGAGAAUGUGUGUUUGGAGGAUUACCCCAUCCAUGCGGUCUCAGGCCUGGUCAAACAGUGGCUCAGGGAGCUUCCUGAUCCCCUCAUGACCUUCACGCACUACAACGACUUCCUCCGUGCCAUAGAACUGCCUGAGAAACAAGAGCAAUUACAAGCCACUUACAAGGUUUUGGAGCAGCUACCAACAGCUAACUUUAACACCUUGGAGAGACUCAUUUUCCAUCUUGUUAGGGUUGCUAAGGAGGAGAAGAGCAAUCGAAUGACGCCAAACUCUCUGGCCAUCGUUUUUGCCCCCUGUAUCCUCCGCUGUCCGGACAGCGCCGACCCUCUCAUGAGCAUGAAGGACGUUGCCAAAACCACCACUUGUGUGGAGAUGCUGCUUAACGAACAGAUCCGGAGAUACAACGAGAAAAUGGAAGAGAUCGAACAGCUGGAAUAUGCCGAGGCACUAGCGGUCAAUCAACUCAAGCUUAAAAGACAAAACACGUGCUGGCAUUUACCUCUCAGGUUUAUCUCUCCUUACAAAGAAGUACCGGUCCGCGAGAAGCCAACUUCCGACCUUUGUGCUGUACCUGAGAACAAAACCCUGGAUUCGGACACGGAAGCCGAGCGAAGCCUGGUGGAGCGGAUCAAAUCCAUCAAGCAGGAAAAAGACGACCUUGCCUGCAGGCUGCCUGAACUAGAACAGCCAGGUUCUGACCAGGAGAACCUUGACUCGGAAACAUCGAUCAGCUCCGAAAGCUUGUUGUAUGAGAGAGCAGCCUGUUCGGACACAGAAGGACAAACAAUGGUUUUGCCAAGAUUAUCCAAUCCACCUUGCCUUCCUAAGUCUGUCGUUCUGGUCCCGGGGGACAGCACACGGCCUCACGGCCCCUUUCUCCCUUCACUGUCUUCUCCCAGGCUUCAGCUUCUGCGUCGCCACCCCAUCAUCCCAGGAACGGUCAAACUGCCGCCAGGAGUCCUCAGCCACCCGGCUGUACAGUCCCUCCCUCCACGCAAAGCCCAGUCCCUGACCCUCAUCCAAUGCCGUGAGCAACCCGGCCGCCGCAAAGACAGCAUCCAGUCCCUCUACAUCACAGCUGGAGCAGACCUCCUCUUCCCGUCCUCAACGGCAACCUCAGCUGUCUCUGGCACACAGGAGCUCCAGACAUCCGGCAACAUUACCCGACGCUUUUCAGACCCAGACGUUGCUUUUGUAAAAGACGAGGUUUAAGUUUCAAA